AUGGAUGUUUGGGUUGUUGCUGCUGCAGCUGGUGCUGGUUAUGUAGCUCAGCAUUUGAAGAAUCUUACUCGGGUUAAACAUUAUUUUUCAGAUUUAUCUUCAACUAAUGCUAAGUUUUAUAGAACCGAAUCCUCGCCAAAUAUACGGGAGGUUCAAGACAAAAGCUGCCCCUUCCGCAGUGUUUUACCGAAAAAGAAACUAGUGAAAGAUGAUUAUAGUGAAGAAACUAAGGCUUCUCAAGAGGCUUCCUCAGCAGAAAUGUCAUCUACGAGUGGGUUUGGAGGUGAAAAUAUGGUAGCAUUGGAUAAUUUCAUGAUUUGCAGUACAUCUUGCAAUUCAAAUUUAUUACCUGGGUUUUUGGACAAUGGAGAUGUGCUAGAGGAUUGGGAAGGGAGAGGACAGAACAUUGAUGAGGUUUAUAGUGAUUUAUCGCCUCAACUAUCUGCAAGAGAAAUGGGUUUUUCUUAUGUUGUUGAAAGAAAUAGAAGUAGACUUAGAACUAGACGAACUAGCAGGCAAUUCAUAAAACCCUUAACAUCUCUUGAAAGUUGUCUCAUGGCUCAGUUAUACAAGGAGCAUUUGGAUUUUGAAGAAUACACCUUUAGUUCAACCCAUUCACCGCACGCACCAACUGCUAGACCAUUUGUAGUUACUGACGGAAGCAGAAUAAUCAGCAGACAGGUUUAUGAAUCUUUUAGUUCUCCGACUGGAACAGGGAAUUAUAAGUUGCACGAAAGUACUUAUUCACAAAAUGGGGAGUUUGUACUUGGAAUUCCCAGACUACCUAAAGUUGCCUCUAUGGAGAGCCAUAAUAAAGCUAAAACUGGAAAGGAGAAGGUUACAAGAUCGAGCAAUUCUAGUAGAAUGGUCAAUGGAAAUUUUGAUAAUUCUCCAGAAGGGUCAUCUGGUGGAGCUCUUGAUUUCUAUCUUGGAUUCUCUAUUGGCAUAAUAUCUUCUUUCUUGGCCCAUAAAAGGGAAAUAGAAAAACUGAAUACCUUGUUAAGGCAGACUGAGAACCUGGUACAAGAUCUGCAGGAAGAACUUGAGAUGAAAGAUUCAUUGACUAUGAAAGAGCUUGCUGCAGAAAAUUAUGAAUCACAGGAUAUAAACCGUGAGUCUUACUACAAAGAGACUGUGCAUGCAUUUUCCCCUGAACAGAAAUUGGACAAUUCAACAGAGUAUCGUCGUGAAGAACAUGAUGACAAGAAGGUGGAGGACAUAUCUUUGAGUAACAUUGAAGCGGAGCUUGAAGCUGAGCUGGAGAGGUUGGAAUUGAACUUGAGUUCAUCUAAGUUGGAAAAGAAAAUAUCUAUAUUAGCUGAGGUUGACAAAGAUUUCAUAGCGGAUGUUGCAGAGGGGGAGUUCAGAACCAACUUGUUUGAUAAACCUUAUGUUGAUCGGGAUGGAACUGGUUGCUCAACCCCAUGCUCAGUCCAUUAUGCAGUCUCCCCAAGAGAGCUGAGUUUACGGUUACAUGAAGUCAUUCAGUCCCAACUAGAAGAACGAGUCAAGGAGCUCGAGACUGCACUUGAGAACAGUCAGAGGAAGAUCAAAUCUGCGGAAUCCAGGCAUAUGUCUUAUUGGAGCAAGUCUUCAAACAAUGGAGCAGGAUCUUAUGAAGACGUAUUCACAGAUGAGCCUGUGAUCAUCAAUUUAUCAGGGGAAGCUCUAGCUGCAUACAAUGAGGCUUAUGAUGAGUUUGCAAAAGUAACUGAGUCGGAUGAAGAGGACACACCAUAUGGACUCGAGGAGAGCAAUGAUCAAGAAUUCUUUCAGGAAGGGCAGCAGGUUCUUAAUGGGGGCUCAAAUCAUUACACUCAACAUUCAUUUGUUCAUGGAAGCCCACCAUUGUUAUCGAAUUAUCAAAAUGACGUCAUAUGUUGCAGCACAAAUGAGAAUGGCGACAGUGAGGAAGAGAUAGAGAAGCUGUUGAUAAUGCAAAUUGUAGAAAAAGCUAGGAAAGGCUCUCCUGUAAUUUUAAACGCUCAAAGAGCAUUGUUUUCAACUGAUGAAUGA